UUUAUUAGCAAAAACAACAAGAACACCAAACACGCCUCCUGUUUCUGUCAUGCAACUUGUCAUGUAGUUGUUAAGAUUUGGGUUUAGUUUUAACAUAACGUUAACGCGACUCAUUUUUUCUGACACGUCGCAUCAAAUUAACAUUGAUUUCUUCUCAAACGCUUCUACUUUAUCUCUGCUCGUCUGUACAAUUGUCUAUGGAAGAUGUUUCUUCGGACGUUGUGGUGCAGACUGGGAACUCAGCGGCCUGCAGAGAUCAGACAAGUUUGCAUUACUACCCCACACACUUUCUGCCAGUCUGUCAAGCCCCACAAGUAUGACUUUCAUCCCAGGACUCACUGUGGUCCAAGGACCUGUCAUUUCAACCCUUUUUAUCAGCAGCACACCCAUGAAAGACAUGAUCCAUCUGCUUGGGGUGGAUUCAAAAGACCUUACACUGCUCUGUUAACUGACCCUGAGCUACUCACCAGCAAUAGAAGUGGAAAGACACGUUUUUAUACAUCUAGCAUUGUAAAAUCAGUGUUAAAAUCAAGUGUAAAACCAGCAACAAUACCUGGAAAAAGGGCUCCCAAAGGACCACGCACUAAACAACCUUCCCGGGCCAAUCAGCCUUCCAUGCACGAGGACAAGGAUAUGAUGCAAUGCAUUGCUUUUGCAACAGCAGAUCAGUAUCAUUUGCCAACACUCUGUUAUGACUUGAUAAACCAAGGCUUCCAUGAGAUAGAUUUACCAAGAGAUGCCUCAAAUGUGCUGGUCAUUAGCACAGAUAUGGCUGCAAAACCAGAUGACAAUGCUCUGAUAUUCUUCUUCAGGGAAGGAUCUGUGGUUUUCUGGAACGUUCAGGAGAAAACGAUGAAAAAGGUUUUGAGAUUACUGGAACAUCAUGAGAUUCAGCCUUAUGAAGUGGCUUUAGUUCACUGGGAAAAUGAAGAGAUAAACUACACUGUUGGAGAGGGAAAUACGAAGCUUGAACGUGGGAAUUUUAUCCUGAGUGAUGAGAUGGAUCAGCAUGACGCUGUUCUGGAGAAGUUUGCAUUUUCAAAUGCACUGAGUUUGUCUGUGAAGUUGGCAAUAUGGGAAGUGGCAUUAGAUAACUUUGUAGAGUCGAUACAAUCAAUUCCAGAGACGCUGAAGUCUGGCAAAAGAGUUAAAUUGUCUUCUGCAGAAGUGAUGAAGAAGAUAGGAGAGCUUUUUACCCUGAGACACUGUAUAAACCUGAGGUCUGACCUUCUCCUCACACCUGAUUUCUACUGGGACAGAGAAAACCUGGAAAAGCUCUACGAAAAGACGUGCCAAUUCCUCAGCAUCAACCGCAGAGUCAAUGUUGUAAAUGAGAAGCUGGAACACUGCACACAGCUGACAGACCUGAUGAGGAGCCACCUGAGUGAGAAGCACAGCUUGAGGUUGGAGUGGAUGAUAGUCAUCCUCAUUACAAUUGAGGUUAUGUUUGAACUUGCAAAAAUGAUUUUCUAAUCUGCUGACGCAAGAAUGCACAAAUAUGAAGAGGAAAUUGUGUAAAGGAAGAGUCAUGAAGGGGACCUAAAUAGCCUUUAAUAUCUUAUUCUUCUUGUUUUAACAACGCACAACACAUCUUUAUUUAUUAUCAGUCAUUUUACUGUUGCGAGGGAUCGCAGCUUUACAAGGUUUUGACAGGAUUUUGCUGUUUUUCAACUUUUAUUUUCUUAAUUUUUUAUUUUUACUUUAAAACUUCCUUGUGUUUUCCUGAAUGUAAUUUGUAUUGAUGUUCAGUUUUAUAAGGACUUUUUUGGAACAUGACAUUGGAAACUGUCACCUUUACACAUAAGCUUCAAAUAUGUGACUGAUCCCUUGCAGCAGAGAAAGUAAAUAUGUGAGUAAGAAGUCCAAAAUGUCACCUGUGAGUGUUAUGUUGUAGAAAAUUAAAUAAAAUUCUUUAUUGUU